CUCAGAGAUCUUAAGCAUGACCUCAUCAUUCCCUCUGCUACAUCCCCCACAUUCUCAGCUCCAAGUAGGGAAGAAACUUUGAAUCACAUGCCAACGAUACAUUAGGUAGUUAAGACGCAUGACACGAGUAAUGGCGAGGGAACAACUAGAACAUCCCAAGUCAUAGACGUACACUGUUCCUUUCCCCACGAAACCCCCGGAAUUUCUAUUUGACUCUUUCACUCUUGCGCGUAGGUCCGCUCCGCCUACCUAGGCUAUUAUUGUGGGGUUUGGCCCCAUGUUGAGAGCAAUGUCGCAGAUUCUCAUUGCCAAUAGCGAGGCAUUGAGUGGCUUAGAAGACGCGUUAGUGCAUCUGUAGGGAGCUAAACAGUAGCUGCUUGCGGCAUAGGUUCCAGAAUAGGCCGAACAUUACAGGGUCCCUUUCCAGAAUCACAUGUUGAGCUUACAAGCUCUUAGCCGUAAGACGUUACAGUACGAGAGCAUAGGCUCGGUAAGAAAGUGUAAUCGCCGAGCCUUUAAAGCGUAGCCUUUAAAGCUAUUAGAAUGGCUUCGCGCAAAACAUAGCUUUUUUAGUUCUUCUUCCUUUAAAAGAUAUCUUUCCCUUUUCCUCACUUGUACUUUUACCCAUUUUACGUUACUGCUAUAAUUCCAAAUAGAUAGAUAUUUUAUCUCUAUAUACCUAGGCUUUUCCUUUCAACAUGUCCAAGACAUUUUCCAAGAGCGACGUCGCGUCGCAUAACAAAGCCGAUUCUCUAUGGAUCGUUGUCGAUGACGAUGUCUACGACCUGACCAAAUUCCAAGAUGAGCACCCUGGUGGGAAGAAGAUCCUAACCCGAGUUGCCGGAAAGGACGCGUCCAAGCAAUUCUGGAAAUAUCAUAAUGAGGGUAUUCUCAAGAAGUACAAGCCAUCACUCCAAAUUGGCUCGUUAGAUACCAAGCCCAAGUCCGAACCAACACCAGAACCAUCCAAGACCUACGCCGCCCCUAAGCCGACGAAGGAGACUAAGAAAGCCGUUGUUCCCUCUACUGCGCAACAAGAGACUGAGGCGCUGGAACCAUUCGGCGCUCUGAUUCCGUUUGCGGAUCCCAGUUGGUACCAGGGUUUCCACUCUCCUUAUUUCAACGAAUCCCACGCCGCUCUCCGAGCCGAAAUUCGCGAAUGGGUCGAACGCGAUAUCGAGCCGAAUGUCACGGAAUGGGACGAAAAGAAAGAGGUGCCACGCGAGAUCUUCCUCGAAGCAGGUCGUCGUGGUUAUCUUGCAGGCCUACUAGGUGUACAUUAUCCCAAAGAGUACACAAAAAAUACUGUGAAGUCGGUGGCGCCGGAGCAAUGGGAUCUGUUCCAUGAAUUGAUCGUCACUGAUGAACUGUCCCGUGUCGGAUCUGGCGGGUUUGUCUGGAACAUCCUCGGUGGCUUCGGUAUUGGUUGUCCACCACUCGUCAAGUUCGGCAAGAAGGCCUUGAAAGACCGCAUUCUACCUGGACUUCUGACAGGAGAGAAGCGAAUUUGCUUGGCAAUCACGGAACCCGAUGCUGGAAGUGAUGUUGCUAACCUGACUUGCGAAGCUAAGCUGAGCGAAGAUGGCAAGCAUUACAUUGUUAACGGCGAAAAGAAGUGGAUUACGAAUGGUAUCUGGUGUGAUUACUUCACCGUCGCCGUACGAACAGGUGGAGAGGGUAUGAACGGUGUCUCCCUGCUCCUUAUCGAGCGUGACUUCGGUGGCGUAAGCACAAGACGGAUGGACUGCCAGGGUGUAUGGUCGUCUGGUACUACAUACAUCACCUUCGAGGAUGUUAAGGUGCCUGUUGAGAACCUCCUUGGCAAGGAGAACCAAGGCUUCAAGGUCAUCAUGACCAACUUCAACCACGAACGGAUGGGCAUUAUCAUCCAAUGUCUGCGCUUCUCCCGUGUCUGCUACGAGGAAUCUGUUAAAUAUGCGAACAAGCGACGAACCUUUGGCAAGAAGUUGAUCGAGCACCCUGUGAUCCGCAUGAAGCUGGCGCAUAUGGCGAGGCAGAUCGAGGCCUCGUACAAUUGGCUAGAGAACCUCAUCUAUCAGUGCCAGAAGAUGGGCGAGACCGAGGCUAUGCUGAGACUCGGUGGACCCAUCGCUGGUCUUAAGGCCCAGAGCACGCUCACCUUUGAGUUCUGUGCGCGCGAGGCCAGCCAAAUUUUCGGUGGUCUAAGUUACUCGAGAGGUGGUCAGGGCGGCAAGGUCGAGCGACUGUACCGCGACGUCCGCGCGUAUGCCAUUCCUGGAGGCAGCGAGGAGAUCAUGCUUGACCUGAGCAUGAGGCAGAGCUUAAGAGUUGCUAAGAUGACGGGCAUGAAAUUGUAAGAAGGGGGAAGAAGAGUACGAUGUGUAUAUACGGGACAGUUUUUUGUUCCUUUUGUGUACGAAGAUGGGCACAUGAAUUGGAAAUUCGGAUGGUGCGUUCCAGGUUUUGCAUGGAAAUUCGAGGCUUCGAGUUACUACCCAAUAGGUAACCUUUAUAUAACAUUUCAAUAUUUCGAUGGAGUUUAUCAAAUUUGAGUUAGCGGUCAGCCGUAAACCAGAAGUUCAGCCUCCUACCGAGCUAGUGACAGCUCCAUCCUUGUCCAUGUUGAUGAAGAGGACCCUCUUGCAGAGUUACCUGUAAGCAGUAGAUUACUCAACUACGAUGAUCACGCGUGUCAAUACAAUAACAGAAUCGUAGCGGCUGGGAUGUGCACGCGACAUUGUCAUCGG